AUGGUACCCGGCGUCGGUGCUUCGUCAUCCGAAUCGAGGGUCGAGCUCAAUCUUGUCACUCCUACAAACCAUAUACCUCCUUGGUCCGAAAGACGACCCGAAACGAAUGUGAUUUACAAUUGCAACUACUGCAAGAGAGCGUUCUCUAGCUCUCAGGCCUUGGGGGGGCACCAAAAUGCACAUAAACAAGAACGCGCAUUAGCCAGAAGGGCUCGACGGAUAGGACCGAGUGAUUUUCUCCGUCCGAUCUCUACCUAUUACCCUUAUUCAAUCUUUUAUUCUAACCCUUUUCUUGGAUAUUUGAACCGAUCACCCUUUGGGGUUAGAACUGAAUCCAUGAUCCACAAACCACUGUAUUCACUGAUGCCAUACAGAUCGGGCGGAUAUCAUCUAGGUCAAGGUUACACUAGGCCAGCCAUGAUGAACCAUCCUCAGCUGAGUUUCAAUGGAAGAUUCAGCAUGAACAAUGGCGGAUUCACGGUCCCGGUGCCUUCGAGCUCUUCGGUAAUCAACGGAAUCGGUUCUGUUGCGAGCUUUACUAACAAUUCUCAAGUAAAUGUCGAAGUGAAUAGACCGGCAGCAGGAAGUGAUGAAAACAAGGAUAGUUCAGGAAUUGAUUUAACCCUUAAGCUUUAA